AUGAAGUUCACCACUGCUGCUCUCGCCCUUCUCCCCGCAACUCUCACCGUUGCUGCCCCGGCCGCUACCUCUGGCUACGCUGUCCCCAGUGUCCUUAAGAUCCAUGAUAUCAAGACCAACUUGAACAAGCCUAGCACUUUCACUAGCACAGUCCGCAAUGGCAACCAAGAGACAUCUACUCUUUACGACAUCCCCAUUCCCGCCGCGGCUGCUGGGCGCACCUGCGGGCUCGUGUUCACCGCAACGGCCGCGGAUGAUCUCCAGGGCACUCGUUCUAUCGAUUUCUUCAAGAAUCUUUUCACGGAUCUGAACUCGUUGACCUCGGGCAACCGCCGCGACCAGGGUAUCUCUCGCAACAAGUUCAACCCUGCCACCGGCAACUACGACUUCGUGCGCAGCGACGUAACUCCCACCGUCGAAGCCUUCCCCUGCCCUGCCGGCAAGGUCCUCCACUGGGAGGCCGCCGCCGUCGGCGACUUCGACAUCAACAACGUCCCACAGGACUUUGCUUACGAUGGCGUCCACGUGCCUCACGGACUCAGCGUUCGCUGGUGGUAA